UCUUCUUUGGAUGUCGUAGGAGGUGUUUGAGAGGGAAAAACACCAACAAGUAUCAAUUCCUAAGGUUGACGUCAGAAACAAUGUCGAUGCAGAGGUUACUCGGUACAAUUGUUGUACUAGCGUUUGUUAAUAAGUCGUCUGCCAUAAACUGCUACUAUUGCAACAGCGCCAACAACACGGCGUGCCUGGACCUCACGAAAUAUGACGCCGAGGAGCUCUCCCGGAUCAUCCCGAUUGUGGACUGUGAGAAGGCCAUCCCUAGUCCUGUAAGGCUCAACUUCUUUUGCCGGAAGAUUAUACAAACCAUCUAUCAUACGGAUGCCCAAGCCAACGUGAGAGUGACCCGCAGCUGCGGCUGGGUGCCCAGCCACAAGCCGUGCUAUCAGACCAGCAACCGUGACCACCUGGAGACGGUGUGUCAAUGCUUCGAUGAUAUGUGCAACGCUUCGCAACAUGUCGACCCGAGCGAAGCAACUGUAUUGUUCCUCCUAUUAGCAUGUGUUUUAUAUCUUUUUAAAGAUUAA